AUGGCGACGAAGGCUCCUCCCAUAAUACCACCACGACCCUCCCGGUCGUCCAACAAUAAUCCUGUACCGUCUAAUACCGAUGCUCCAAAAGUUCCUCCCCGCCCAUCGAAACGCCCAGCCGAACGACCUGUUUCCCCCAGAUGUGACAGCUACGCGCCAUCACCACUAAACGCUCUUCCUGGAGAGAUGUUCUCUGGUCGAGAACGCCUAUCCAGACCCCCAAGUGUGUCGGCUCUCCCUUCUGUUGGGCAAGAGGGGAUGGAAUACGAAACGAUUGGUUAUCAGAAUGAAAAGGAUGACAAAGCGGGUGAUUCAAUACAACAGCCUGCAGAAACAAGGAGUAUUAAUCAGGACUUGUACCUUCAUGCGCCGAGGCCUUCACUACCAGGCGCAAGUGCUAAGGCUCAGGUAGAAGUUGUGACAAGGACGGAUUCUCGCCAGGCUGCGGCUGCGGGCUUUGGGGCUCCUAUACACAGCAAUGAUGAUGACCGCUCGUUAUCACCUUCCAAAGUAUCUCGUUCUCAAAGCCGAUUGUCCGGUGAGCAUCGUAAAUCUGCUCUGUUGGGGGAUGAACACGGUAUUCCGGAAAUCGGACGACGUGUACCAAUGAUUCCGAAUGCUGGGGAUGUCCAAGCGCCAACCCCGGCUCCUCCUGGUGUAAACGAUGAGCUACCUAGAUGUGAAAGUCGUGGCUCGCAUCGACUUGGUCGUCAGCAGUCUCGGGCCCAGGUUGGACGAGAGUCCUCUCUGCCUCCUGGAAGCUAUGGACUUCAUGGCCAUGGAAUCCAUUCAAAUGACAAAUUCGAAAAAGCUUGGUAUGAUAAGCACCCUGACGAAUUUGUACGCGAAGAGCAAAAUCAUUACGGAAUGGGAUUUGCAAGCCCCCGACCUGAAUGGGCCAUGUCAAGCGACGACUUAAAUAAAAUUGUCAAAUCAUCUGCAGCCAGAGCAGUUACGUUAGGCGCUACUGCAGAUGUCAUGGGCACCCCAGACGAAGAGAUUGGAUACCUGGCGACCGAGGAGCUCGCCUCCCGCCUUGUAUCACCCAUGCAUGGCUCAGGGAUACGUCCAGAAGUUCAGCCUUUUGCCGACGCUACCAAAUCACAAGUCAAGUCUAACCUACCGCCUACUGGUGGCCAAGACACAAUCCUCAACUCCGCUAGAGACCACGAUAAAGAAGGCGUUCAAAUUCACAUAGAUGAACCAAUCCAUCAUCAGAAUCAUCCGGACGGUUUCAUGCCUGCUCCGGAAGAUAAUAAACCACAUGGCGAUGAUUCAUUGGAGGAAAGUGAAGCCAAUGCACCGAUACUUGCAGAAGAUGAGGUUGAUGAGCGUACUGAGCAUCUACAACCAGCUGUUUCUCCAACUUUCGAGAGGCGAGAUGGUUUGCGUGCUGUCGAUGAAUUUGAUCUCAAAGGGAAUAGCCGAUCUGCAAGUACAGUUGGUAGUCGACCCCACUCGAAACCAGCGGCAAGCCCUGUUCUCUCAAGGUAUAAUUCUCGGGCAGAAGAUUCCAGUGACAUGAGGCGACCUCUUGAAGAUGUCGAAGAGUACGAGCCGCUAUUUCCAGAAGAUGAUAAAGACGAAAAGGAACCGUCUGUGGACGAAAAACUUAGGAAAAGACCUGAGUUCCACCAACACCGGUUCCCAAGCCGAGAUAUAUGGGAAGAUGUGCCUGACAGUUUACAGUUACAGACGACAGUCUCGAUACCUGAAAGUCCCAAGAAUGAAACUUCUUCUCCUGUCGAUAUCCCAGAGAACAAAAUGGCGAAGAUUAUCACACAAACACGACCAAUCCCAAAUACAUCUUCAAGCGGGUUUGACUCUAGAGUAUCCACUCAUGAUGUCAAACAGCGUUUCCCCAGCAAGGAUAUCUGGGAGGAAGCCCCAGAAAGCCACCAACUCGAAGCCACAGUCCAGACACCGGAGCAGGAGCAGGUCCUUACGACGGACAGUGCACAGCAGUCAUCCAUGCCGGAAAUCCCUCAUCCUCCUUCACAAAAAGCACCGGAGAUUGUUUCCAAACUUGAGCCUUCUUCAGCAAAAACUGAGUCUGCUCUCCCUGCAGCCGAUUUGAAAAAGCGUCCCAUUCUUCCGGAGCGUCCUAAACCUCAAAUACCACCGAGACCCGCUAGACCCCCGAAGCGGAUUUCAGAUGACAGUUUAACUAAAACAAUAUCAAACAGCCCCAGCGACACGGCGCAAGUGCCUCCAGUUGUAAAGCCCAAGCCCCCAGUUCCUUCUCGCCCUCUUGGGUCCAAAAUUGCAGCUUUGAAGGCUGGAUUUCUGUCAGAUUUGGAUAAUCGUUUGAAGCUUGGACCCCAGGCGCCCAAGCCACAGGAGAAGGAAGAAGAACAAACGCUAGAAGCCCCAAAGGGGCCUUUAAGCGAUGCUCGCAAAGGCAGGGCCCGGGGUCCCGCGAGAAGGAAGCCUGCAGUUUCCUCUAUACCGGAAGAAACAAUGAAGACGAGAGAGCCUGAAACCCCAUCUAUUAUGUUGGUUGAGCCAUGGAAUAUCUGGUCGAUGACCCCUAAUGGGGUCUUUGCAUUGUCGAAAAUCAAAUCGCGUGAACUGCGUACUAAGACAGAAGUAUCACUAUCAUCGCCAGACCAAAAUGACCAACAAGUCAUGGAGUCUAGAGUCGAAGAAAAGAAUGCUUUGGCCAGUCUCGGAAUUGCGGAUCACAUAUCUGAUGUUCAGGAAGAGGCAUCCAAACCGUUCGAUGAGCCCCGGCAGUCCGUUGAAAAUAUGGCUAGCUCCAAUCCAGCGCCAGUCGUGGAGCCUUCGAAAUCGAUUGCCAGCCCUGUAGCAGAUACUGUAGAUAUAUCUACAGAUACAACGGAGACACCAGAGGCGCGUGGUGUUGAUGGCGCUGUCAGUGGGGUGCCCCAGAAAGAUGACGACAGCAGUGUUUUGAAAACGGAGCCUACUCUGCCAGAUGAUGUGCCGAAGAGCUAG